CGCAGUUUGAGCUUCAGCCUCUUUUCAAACUCCAAAGCCUCGCGACAGUCUCCAUCGCCCUACUUUGAUCUAAUUUUGGUAUCUGCGCGACAGACGAACUGCUAGCUGAACAAUGUCUUCCAUCUCAGAGCUUCAAGCAGAGCGGCAAACAUAUCAGGAACAGCUGGAUAUUGUUUUUUCCCAAAUCCGCGAUGACCCUGAUAAUGCCGAGCUCCAGGCGCUCCAAGGAGAGCUGAAGAACUUUGUCGAUCUCCUAGACGAAAACAUCGCCGAUUUAAAGUCGAAGCAGGCGCCCAAGCCUGAUCCAAAACCAGCCGCGCCUCCUCCAGAGCCGGCCAAGUGGUCGAAAGAGAACCACCCCGCCUUCAAAAAGGCUGCACCACCGGUUGAGGAAAAAGAAGAGGUUGCUGUGCAGUAUCAGGUCAAUGACUCCGUCAUGGCAAAAUGGCUUUCGGGCGACAAGGGUUUCUAUCCGGCGCGUAUCACCUCCAUCACUGGAUCAUCUACGGAUCCCAUCUAUAUCGUGAAAUUCAAGAGCUACGACAACACGGAGACGCUUCGAUCGAGAGACAUUCGCCCUAUUUCCAAUAAACGAAAAGCCGAAGGCCCUGCGUCAGCAUCAAGUACCCCUGUGGCCACUACGCCGGCUCCAGGAGUUGUUAGCUCCGCCGGCGCUACGAUGUACCCAGAGGCGAAGAAAGAACCAGAGGCAGACAAAGAUGCUGCUAAGCCACCCAAGCCAAAGAAGAUCAAGGCCAAAAAAGAGCUAGAAGCUGGCAAGUCCAAAUGGCAAGAUUUCAACGCCAAGUCAAAGUUUGGUAAAUCUAACAAGAAGGACUCUAUGUUUCGCACACCCGAGGGAAUCCAUGGGAGAGUUGGAUUUACUGGCUCUGGCAAGACAAUGAGCAAGGACCCUACACGUAGUCGGCACAUCUACCAAGUUAAUGAAGAACUCGACUGAAAAUGCAUUGCCUCAACUAGGCAGCCACUGGGGAAAGCUUGAAUUGAUGACGAAAGGCGUUAAGGAGCUGGGAAACUUUUGUUUAUACCGCGGUAAUAUGCCUUGCGAUAAGUUGUUGAAGAGGCUAACAUUUAUGCAUUUGGCUUUUUUUUACACCAGAAUUUUAUAUCGCGGCUUCGAGAAGAGGAAUUAAAGUUAUGGGAACAUUGGCUGCCACUUGGCAAAAUACAAGACGCUUUAUUCAAGAAUAGGCGGCCCCUUUUGGGAUGUGGAAUGCAUUGCUAAGUUACGAUGGCAGGUUCCCACGAUCACCCUUUCAUCAAACGAGGUUUAAAUUUCCAAGCAUGCCAUCUAAAUCAAUCUUGGGGCAGAUAGCUUUAGCUAUAUCGAGAAAGGCUG